UUUCCAUGACUUGGCUUUACCUGUGUCUUUCAUCUCCUCAUCUCAUCACUCCUAACAUUGUUUUGCCAAAACCCAACCUUUUCUACUUCAUUCUGCAUCUCUCCUCUACCUGCCAAAGCCCAGAGCUUAGUUCAACCGUAACAAGCAAGUCAACUUCAAUGGCAGCAACCAUGGCUACAAUGGCGGUGCUCAGUGUCAAGUGCACAAGCAUCAACUCCACCAAAACCCACAACACCCAAAAGAUAAUCCCCAAACCUAUCUCCCUUCUCUCUCUCCAAAACCUUCCAAAAGGCCUAAUCUCAUCAAAAUCUAAUCAAAAUUCCAACUUAUCAACCUUCCUCUCCAGCACCGCCAUCGCCGGAGCUGUCUUUGCAACCUUGGGAUCAUCGGAUCCUGCAUUUGCAGCCCAACAAAUUGCAGAGAUAGCAGCAGACGGUGACAACCGUGGUUUAGCCCUUCUGCUACCUCUUAUUCCGGCCGUAGCAUGGGUUCUGUUCAACAUAUUACAGCCAGCACUCAACCAGAUCAACAGAAUGCGCAGUGACAAGGGUGUGAUAAUUGGGUUAGGAUUAGGUGGAUUGACUGCAUCAGGGUUUAUGUACGCACCUGAUGCUUCGGCCAGCGAGAUUGCCAUGAUUGCCGAUGCUUCUUCAAGUGAUAGCAGGGGCCAGCUUCUUCUGUUUGUCGUAGCACCCGCCAUUCUCUGGGUGUUGUACAACAUUCUACAGCCGGCUUUGAAUCAGCUCAACAGGAUGAGGUCCGAGUGAUUCCAAUUUUUUGAGAAAUGUGAUAGCAAACAAAUCACCUGUAAUUGCAGAUUAUGUCAAUGAAUCUAUUUUUAAUAGCAAUUAUUAUUUCUUCUGUCA